AUGGACACUUGCACGCACGCUGGCAUCAAUUUCGGAUCGUAUGACAACAUUCCUGUUGAGAUGACUGGUAAUAAAUCCCAGAGCAUAAAGCCUGUCGAGGAUUUUGAGAAUGAAAUUCACGAGUUGUUAAUGGUGAACAUCCGUCGUGUAAAAUACACGAAGCCUACGCCUAUACAGAAACAUUCCAUUCCCGUCAUUAAAGCUGGCCGUGAUUUGAUGGCAUGUGCGCAGACCGGUUCUGGCAAGACAGCUGCCUUUUUGCUUCCCAUCUGUACAGCUAUGUUGACUACAGGCCCACCCGAAAGCGGUAGUAUGCAAACGUCUUAUAAUUCGCGCCAGGCCCUGCCAGUGUGUCUGGUAUUGUCACCCACUCGUGAGUUGGCGAUGCAGACCUUCAGUGAAGCCCGCAAAUUUAUUUUUGCCACAGGUAUUCGUGCUGUAGUGUUGUAUGGAGGUGGUGAGCCUCGUCGCCAGUUAUGUGAGUUGGAGCGUGGCUGCGACAUUUGCGUAGCGACCCCUGGUCGUUUGACAGAUUUUAUUGAGCGCAACAGGAUAGGCCUCCACUGUGUGAAGUAUUUGGUGUUAGAUGAAGCCGAUCGCAUGCUUGAUAUGGGUUUCGCACCACAGAUUCGCAGUGUCGUUGAGAACAGCAACAUGCCUCAGGAGGGUCGUCAGACCGUGAUGUUUAGUGCCACAUUCCCGAAGGAGAUCCAGCAGUUGGCUCGUGACUUUUUACGUGACUAUCUUUACCUGGCCGUUGGUCGUGUAGGUUCAACUAACGAGUUUAUUCGCCAGCGUCUUUUGUACUCUGACCAUGAGCAGAAGCUUCAUUACUUGGUGAAGUUGCUGAAGGAGAACGCCAACGGUCUCGUUUUGGUUUUCGUGGAGACGAAGCGUCGUGCUGACAUGAUUGAAGCGUAUCUUUUGAAAGAGAAUUUCAUGGCGGUAAACAUCCACGGUGACCGUAGUCAGCAGGACCGUGAGGAAGCGCUUCGUUUGUUUAAAACUGGGGAGCGUCCUAUUUUGGUUGCCACCGACGUCGCAGCUCGUGGUUUGGACAUCAAUAACAUCACGCAUGUGAUCAACUGUGACCUUCCUGCUAAUAUCGAUGACUACGUGCACCGCAUUGGCCGUACCGGUCGUGCUGGUAACGUAGGCAUUGCGACGUCGCUGGUUAGUGACAAGGACCGUAGUAUUUUGAAAGACCUUCUUGCUCUUCUGGUUGAGGCCAACCAGGAGGUCCCUCAAUGGUUUGAGAAGCUGGUGGCAUCCCACAACUUUUCUGGUUCCGGCGGUCGCGACUUUGGUAAGCGUACAUCAGGCGGCGGUAAAUUUGGCCGUACAUUUGCUUCACGUGAUGUGAGGGGUCAUUCUGAGUCUGUUACGUACAACCAGGGUAACAAGGGUCGUGGUUCUCACGGCUUUUCUCAGCAGUCCAAGAACUCUGGAUAUCAAGAUUUUGAAGAUGACUGGUGGUAA